AUGGUCCAGCCUAUUGGAAUUCGCUAUUACCAACUGUUUAAUAACGGUAUCGGAAUUAUCAUCUACCACCAGCUCAAGAGCGUCACUGGUAAUUCCAAUAUCUGGGACACACGUUACCAAGAUAGUAAUGUGGGUGCUAUUCUAGCCGGUGGGUCAGCAGUGUUGGACCUGGCUAGUACCAAGGUCUCGGCCGGAACGAUGUUCUACUUGAGCGAAGAUACCUUCUGGGGAGUAGACUGCGACGACCGAUCUCAAGUCUUUACCUACGAUCCAAACUCUGAUCUUAUGGCUUCUGCCACACGAGCAGGAUCGGUCGAUAUCGGCUCCCUUACAUACACCGGAACAAAGAAAUACGGAAGCAGCAACUUGAGCUUGACGUCCGUGAACAUCUCAAACAAUUCGCCCACGACAUCUCUGGUCGCGGUGGCCGCGAUCGAGCAGAGUUUGCGUCAGCUUGGGAUAGUCGACGCAGAGGUCCCCAAGCCAUACCGAGGGAAUAUUAUUUGGAAAAGCGUCGGCCUCGCCCCAUCGGGUCUCAUUGCCAUUUUGAUCUAUCUUGGGUCCAAGGGCUAUAAGCUUAACUACACUGGGGAGGGAGGAGCUACCACUACGGUAGAGUUCGGCAUAGACUCCGAGAGUUCAGACGGGAACAUUCCGGAAGAGGUUCAGAGUCACUGGGAUGAAGUGUUAGAAAAGGCGUCUCAUUAUGGGGGAACCGAAGCCUCAUUUUUCGUGGCGCAUUAA